AUGGGUUUGGAUUCUAUAUUUGGCAAGCCGUCGAGCACAGGCACGAGCUUGUUCGGCGGCAAGCCGAUGGAGAGCAGUGCGCAGCCGCUCUUUGGUGUGCAGCCGCCGGCGGCCGCAGGCGGUGGGUUGUUCGGCAGCCAGCCCCCCGCCGAGUCCACGGGCGGAGGGUUGUUUGGAAGCAACCCGGCUGCGGGCACGCCCACCGUGGUUAGCUCCAUGUUCGGAGCCGAGUCAUCGGACGCCAACAACGUCUUCGUGCCGGCGGUGUACAAAAUACCUCGAAAGAAUAAAUAG